AUGUCUGACAAGUCUGAGUGCGAUGUGGUGACGCUGGUGGGGUUGGUGUUGGUGUUCUCGUUGCCUCUGACGUUGCUGGUGCCAGGUUUCUCUGUGUGGGAUGUGGUGCCCAAGUUUCGGAUCUCGCGGUUCCACGUUAUCUCGCAGUACCUCACCUGGCCGCAGCUGAAUACUGCCGUUAUCGUCGUGUUAGUCGUGUUCUUCUGCCUCUUCUUGGAGAUCAGGAAAAGAAAACUAGACGAUAUGGUGGAGAAGGUUCUCACGGUGAGCCAGGCGACAGACAAGACGAUGGAGGUCGAGAAGGACCGGCAGGCGGCAGCGGUGCGCGUGUGUGUGGACCUGCUCGACGCGUCCGCCGAGCACUACGAGCACCUCGUGCUGUUCCGCGACGACCUGCGCAGGCGCAAGCACCAGCCGCCCACUAUAGAGCCCAGUAGCAGCAUGUAGAAGCUGUUCUCAUGUCACUGGAAACAACACUUAACUGGA